AUGCUGUCCCUGAGAGCCUUUCUAUCCCUCACGCUCGUAGCAGCUGCUCUUGCUGGCACAUGCUACAAAGCAGAGAAGAAAGCUGCUGCUGGGGGAUGUCCUGACUUGAUCUUGAAGUUUGGGAGCUGUGCGUCGCAAACCGUGGCUGAUGCAGGCCUUGCAUCAUUAAAUAAUACUCUGCAAUUAGCCACGUUCAACGCUACAGCAUGCAAGACAUCCAUUGACGCAUUGUGCACUACCAAUAAGGCAAAGGGAUCCGACUGCGCGACAUACUGCGCGCUUGCCUCUUUCACAUUCUCAGGGAUGUUGUGCGGACACCAGCUGUCCCUCGAGCACGACAGCAGCGGUUGCAACAACACCUGUGUCCAAAGUAGAGCACGAGAUGAUAACUGCGGUAGAGACAGAAACAAGAGACCGGGAAGCAUCAAGACCCGAUGUCAAGUCUUGCGUCGUGCUAAGCUCGCCCAUGACCCCCGACUGCAUGUUGCCAUGACGCGCUUGCAUCGCAGAAUCAAGCCAGCAGGCAUUGGGCACAUCACAACCGUUGGAGCCUCCGACCCAUUAGAUCGCCAGCAGAAUGCACAAGAUCAACUUCUGGAUGUAGAGAGGGGGUCUGUAGCGCUUGAUUUCGGCCUUGAUGACAUGUUCGGCUCGGGCUCUUCCGCUGGUAGUCUUUGA